AUGGAUCUUGCAAAGUAUCCGGUUGGAAUUGAUUCUCGUGUGAAAGAUAUAGAGAAUUUAUUGCAAUGUCAAACAAAUGAUGGUGUGAAGAUGAUUGGAAUUUUUGGCACGGGUGGUGUUGGGAAAACAAACCUUGCUAAGACUAUAUACAACAUGAAUUAUCUAAGGUUUGAAGGUAGUAGUUUUAUCGCAAACGUUAGAUCUGAAGCUUCUGGGGGACGAUUAGCUCGUUUACAAGAAAAACUUGUUUGCGAAACGCUCAAGAGAAAAAUACAUGAAAUAGAUAAUGUUGAUAGAGGAAUAACUUUAAUUAAAAGAAUACUGCCAUCAAAAAAGGUCCUUAUUGUUCUUGAUGACAUAGACCAUAGAAAUCAACUAAACUCAUUAGCAGGGCAACGAGAUUGGUUUGGUUCAGGCAGCAUAAUUAUCAUAACAACUAGAGAUGUUCAUUUGUUGAGUAACCUUAGAGCACAUGAAAAGUACGAGGUCAACAUGUUAAGCUUUGAUGAAUCUUUGCAACUCUUGAGUUGGCAUGCUUUUGGUGUCCCUGUACCAUUAGAGGAGUAUAGUGAACUAUCCAAAACGAUAGCAAGUUAUACUAAAGGGCUUCCAUUAGCCCUUGAAGUCAUAGGUUCUCAUUUACAGGGAAAAUCAGUGCAAGAAUGGAGAGACGAUGUUGAGAAAUUAAAAAAGAUACCUCAUGGCGAUGUUCAAGAAAUUCUUAAAAUAAGUUAUGAUGCACUUGAUGAUGAUACUCAGUACAUCUUUCUUGAUAUUGCUUGUUUUUUCAUUGGGGAUGACAAAAACAAAAUUACAAUAUUGGAAGCUUGUGAUUUUUUUCCUGGAAGUGGAAUCAAAACUUUGGCAGAUAGAUGUUUGUUAACAAUAAAUAAAGAUGAAAAAUUUGAAAUGCAUGAUUUAGUUCGUGAUAUGGGUAGAGAAAUUGUUCGAAAGGAAUCCCCAAAAGAGCUUGGUAAACGUAGAAGAUUGGUGGAUCCAAAGGAUGUCAUUGAUGUUCUUCAGGGAAAGAAGGUAAAACAUUUCCUUUCUGCUUAA